AUGGACAGACUGCAAUCGUUAUUGGGAUCCAGAAUGGGCGGGCUCGGAGGUGCUCAGCAGGGUGACCAGCCGGCGAUCGACAACGCCGAGACCGUGUACAUCUCGUCGCUUGCUCUGCUGAAAAUGCUGAAGCACGGCCGUGCUGGUGUGCCGAUGGAGGUGAUGGGCUUGAUGCUCGGCGACUUCAUCGACGACUUCACCAUCCACGUGGUCGACGUGUUCGCCAUGCCCCAGUCUGGUACAGGUGUGUCUGUGGAGGCUGUGGACGAUGUUUUCCAGACCAAGAUGAUGGACAUGCUCAAACAAACCGGCAGAGAUCAGAUGGUGGUGGGAUGGUACCACUCGCAUCCUGGUUUUGGGUGCUGGCUCUCGUCCGUUGAUGUCAACACACAGCAAUCUUUCGAACAACUGAACCCUCGUUCCGUCGCGGUCGUGAUAGAUCCUAUCCAGUCGGUGAAGGGCAAGGUGGUGAUAGACGCAUUUAGAUCGAUCUCGUCGCAGACUUUGAUGCUCGGACAGGAGCCUAGACAGACCACCUCGAACGUGGGUCUGCUCAAUAAGCCAACCAUCCAGGCAUUGAUACACGGUCUUAACAGAAACUACUACUCGCUCAACAUCGACUACAGAAAGACUUCCAAAGAAACAGACAUGCUGCUGAAUCUGCACAAGAAGGAGUGGACUGCGGGACUCAAGCUCCACGACUACAACGAGAAGCAGUGCAACAACCUCGAGGCAUCGAAGAAGAUGGUCAAGAUCGCCAAGCAGUACGUCGAGAGGGUGGUGGAGGAGAAAGAGCUGACCGAGGAACAGCUCAAGACCCGUUACGUGGGUAAGCAGGAUCCAAAGAAGCAUCUGGGCGAAACGGCAGAGGCGCUCAUCGAGGAAAACACCGUCUCCAUCAUUACAGGAAACGUUAAUAGAUUGGCCAUCUAA